UACACUGUGUAAACGGCUGGUUGAUCGAAAGCUCUUCAUUCUCCCACGCAGCGAUGACCCGCUCGCCUGGGACUUGGCCGUGUUUGUCAGUGCGGGUGUGUACGCGCAUGCCCUCAUCAAGAUGCAGCUGCUCCUUCCACCGCUCUUCCCCAACGAUCGCGCACUCCCUAUUGUCCGCGUACUGUCAAAGCUGAUCCAUCCUCUCGUUGACAGCGAGGGCACCUUUGAUCUCACGCACGAAGCGUUUGGUUCCCGACAAAUAUGGACGUCCUCGGACCGACUGUGGCUGCUCCUGUCGCAGGUGUGCGAUGCGCUUGCGUCCGUGACCAUUGCCAGCAUUGCGCAGCACCGGUAUGGGGGCGACGGCGUUGAAGAUGUGCGCCGGGCGCAGCUGGACGUGGACGAGUGCACGCGCGAUGCAGACUUUCACGCAUACACGCAAGAUAGCGACGACUUUACCAUCAGAUUUGGGUCGUGGAGUGACGACUACAGCGAUGCUCUGACCACCAUCCUGCAGCGCGGACCCGACGGUGAUGAUGAUGGUGAUGGUGAUGGUGAUGAUGAUGGUGAUGGUGCCGGAAACAAUGGCGCUGGCAAUUAAGGGUCAGCUGUGGAGCAGGGACGGCCACAAGACACACACGUGUCACCAUCUGUAGUGUGACGUUGUGACGCAUGCACUUUGCCCUGCUCGUGACUCCCCUCACUGCAUGGCGACACUGCACUCCCCCUCCCCCCCCUCUCCAAAUUAUUUUCUCGGCGCGUUUGUCGUGGAGACGAGCUUUGAAUUUCGUUAGGACAGAUGGCACGUGCAUCACAUCACAUUAUAAACGACCC